GACAGCACUGGCGUUCGUGAGUUAGUGUGCGAUAGGAAGUCGACGCUGUGGGAAACUUAUCGGUGACAUUCCUGAGAAGAGUGAUUCACUGGAGGCCGAAACAAAACCAGUAUCUGCUUCACAUACCAGGAAACAAUUCUGUCCGGCAAGCAGCGUUUUUAAAAAGCUUUUACCAUCUUGGGAUCUGUUAUACAAGGACUUGUGGCAGCAGAAAGACUCUCCUCGCUCAAGGUGCCGGUGUGAAUUUUACGACCUGACCUGGCUGGAACUUAUCUUUUUUCAUUACGGAUCUGGCUGAUUAUAUGCUUCCCACUGACUGGUCUCUGAGCUGCUUUCAUGAAGACUUCUUAAAUGGACUGUGGGUAAACUGCUGGUUUUGACGCCACACACAGCAGCAUCGAGCCUACACCAGGAGAGGGCCCAGUUCGACAAGAAAUUACUAUUUGUCUUCAGCAGUCAGUGAAAAUGUGUUUCUAAGUUAUGGCUUUGUUGAAAGUACUUUCAGGGAAAAAAUAAUCACUAAAAGAAACUGAAAAGUGUUUCAUGCAAAGUAAGACACUUUAGGUUGUAUUGGUCGUGCUCAUUGACGGAACUUACAAUUGUUAAUGAAACUUUAAUAUACAAAAACAAAUUUCUUUGGCAGAUGUAAGGAAACUGAUCGCCGGACUAGAUCGUGCAGGUUGCUCAAAGAGAACAAAAACUGGUCUGGUUGCUUUUGUAAGCUACAUCUUUUGACUUGCAAAGAGACAGGCAGGAAGCUGCACGAGCCGUCCAUCAUCAUCAUGUUGAAAAUGCUGUUCAAGCUGGUGUCAUUAUUUGCUCUCUGUGGCCUCCUUUGCUUUUCUGUGGCUGUAUUCUACAAAAACACCUAUGCAGCAAGCCUAUACCCUGUGUCUGAUAGAAACAAGCAACGUUUGUUGGUGAUACAUGAAGCUAUUCAGAAUCUGUCAUCAAAAGUCGUCAAAGGACAGCAAGAAAAUAUUGACUUAACAGUCAAUACGACAACUUCUGAGAACGCUACUCUGGGACCCUGCCCCGCUGACCCACCAGCACUAGUGGGUCCUCUCCGGGUGGAGUUUAAUGUAAAGCGGACUUUGGAAGAUGUGUGGAAUGCUGUCAGGCCUCUCGACAUAGGAGGACGAUACAGGCCUCCAGACUGCAUCUCUAGCCAUAAGGUGGCAGUUAUCGUUCCAUUUCGGAACCGGCACGAGCACCUGAAGCACUGGCUUUACUAUCUCCACCCCAUACUGAAGCGGCAGCAGUUGGACUACGGCGUAUACGUCAUCAACCAGGACGGAGACGGAGUGUUCAACCGCGCCAAACUGCUGAACGUCGGAUAUGUAGAAGCGCUGAAGGAGUACGACUAUAACUGCUUCGUCUUCUCCGACGUGGACCUGGUUCCUCUCAACGACCGAAACCUGUACAAGUGCUUUGACCAGCCAAGACACUUGGCUGUGGCCAUGGACAAGUUUAACUUUGGAUUACCCUACAAUGGCUUCUUCGGUGGGGUUUCGUCACUGUCCAAGCAGCAGUUCGAGAAGAUCAACGGAUUCCCGAACACCUACUGGGGCUGGGGCGGCGAGGAUGACGACUUGUACAAUCGGGUCAACAUCCGAGGAAUGUCCGUUUCCAGGCCUGAUUUGCUGACUGGAAAAUACAAGAUGGUGGUACAUCAGAGGGAUCUGCAUAACGAGCCCAAUCCAAAGAACCCUGGCAAACUGGUACACACACGGUGGAGCAUGGAUAAAGACGGACUGAACACUCUCAAGUAUAAAGUUGUGAAAAUCGAGAAGGAGCCGAUGUAUUCUUUCAUCACGGUAGAUAUUGAGGCUCCGCCAGCCUGAUUAAUGACAUUAACCUCUGCUCGUUGCUGAUGGACUGAUCUGUACAUCUAGAAAUCUCAACGUUGGGUAGCUGUUUGUGUCUCUUUAGUGAUGAUCGUGUGAAUGCAACAUGAAGUAUGAACUUGAAUUAUUUAACAAAUCAAAUGUGAAAAAUUUUGUUUUAUAGCUUUUUUUCUGGCUGAUAUAUGUAUGUGUGUGUGUGUUUUGAUGUGUAUAGUAGCAGCAAUAUCUCAUACACUCACAGAAAAAGUUAAACUCAGAACAGCAGGGCAGGACAGAAGACUAUAGUCUCAGGUCAUUUCACUCCCGCCAUUCUCAGCCCUGAAACCACUGCUGAUGAUAUCAAUCAACAAUACAUUUGGAAGUUUGCAUGUUGAGGCUUAUUGGGGAUGUAAAGAUAAACCAGCUACUCGUGCAAGAAAACACUUGCUUCUGUGUAGUAUUUUGAAUAUAAUAUAUCUUCUAAAGAUUUGUACUUGACUGUCUGGAAAAGUGCCUGUGGAAUAUGAAGGUGCUGACUGUAAAUAGGAAAUAGAAACUUGUAAAUAUGUUUUUUUAUUAUUAAUAUUAUUCUUUCAAAGUUUUUUAGUUUUAUAUCAACUGGUUAAGUUAUAACCACUGGGUAACUGACACAUAGAAACUGUUUAUAUUUUUGACACUGUUGGGGAGAGCUGCAGUUAAUGUUGUGGAAAACUGAGUUUGGUGGUGGAAUAUAUGAAAGCAAGCGAGAUUAUCCAAUCCAAUCUCAAUCUUCAAAGAUGUGUCAUAGAAUGUAUCAUUUAUACAUUAUAUGAAAAUUAUAUUUUAGCCUAUUUUAGGUUGUUGUGUUCUGUGUAUCUGAGUCUAUCAGUUGAUAUACAAAAUAAAACUUUUAAGAUAUUGUC